AUGCCACCUGCGCCACAAUCCGCCGAUGCGUUCCUCCAGGACGGCUCGGACGCCUUCCAUGCAUCGCUCGCCGCGCAGCUUGAAGCGUCCAUGGGCAAGGCCAUGCCGCAGAUGGAGAUCCGCUUCCAGGAUCUCGCCAUUUCGGCCGACGUCGCGGUCGCUACCAAGGACGGCCACGAGCUCCCGACCUUGCUCAACCACGCUAAGAAGUCGGUCAUGGGUCUCUUCAGCUCCAAGCGCACGAUCCGCAAGGAGGUGCUGCACCCGAUGUCGGGUGUCUUCAAGCCCAGCACGACGACGCUCCUUCUUGGCCAGCCCGGCUCGGGCAAGUCGUCGCUCAUGAAGAUCCUCUCGGGUCGCUUUCCCAUGCACAAGAACAUCACGGUGGGCGGCAAC